AUGUCUGAUAGGUCUUCUGGUUUAUUGAAGUGUCCAACAGCUGAGCAGGAUCAGCGUACCUUUGGGAUGAGACUUUCUUCAGAUUGGCCUGUAACCUGCGACGCCUGCCUGCCGCGGCAGGUCGAGAAAUCAAGAGAGAUGACCAGAAAACUCAAAACGACAACAUACCUCCGUAUGAGAGUUUUCUCUAAAACUUUGAAGCGCGACCAAUGCAUCAAAGUUUAUAACCGGAAGUAUCGCAAUACAAGUGCAUAUUUGUUGCCUCCUGAUGAAGGUUUUGAUUUUGUGAUGCACUCCAGAGUGAACAUUCUCAUUGAGGCUGCAGACAAUGGCACAUCGUCUGAGCAUCCCAAACAGCGUACAUGCAGCAAAAGGUGUGCUUUUUCUUAUUAUCCAAAUUGCUUGCUUCGUGCGGGUCAACAAAUGACAGGCUCUUGGCUCUGGGUCAGCCUCGCCAAUAAUCAACAGUUCUGUGUGACAAUGAGGCCGUGA